CGUAAUAGUCAGUCACUCAAUGUCAAAAUAAAAAUUUACAAUUUUUCUGUGAUGUGAUGAGAAUAUGAUGUCGUUUUAUGGAAUAUUAUUCACGGAAUUAGCAGAAAUGACCUGUUCUAUUUGAAAUUGUGUUUGGGGAUAUAGGUACUAGCUAACAAUUUGCAGUCUGGUAAUAAAAUAAAUAUUGUUUUUAACAGAAGAGUUUGAAAUUUUUGGAUCUCCAAGAACAUUACCUGCAAUGUAUUAUCAAUAUAGACUCUAAUUAUUUCAAGUUUGAUACACACUACUACCACACCUGGUUUGGGUUUACUAAAUUAACUCAAUCAUGGGAAACGCUGGCAGUAAUCAACCAAAAGAGUGGAACAGGGAUAUAGCUAAAACACCAGAUGUCGGUCCCUCUUCUCCUGUAAAAGAAGGAGAAGCCUUUACAUUUGACAAAAAGCCUGAUCAGAGCAUCCGUGAAGAGGAUAAUAAUAUUGAAGAUGGAGCCCCAUAUUAUACCAAGGCUGUACCCGAAAGCAGUGUAGAUUACAAUGAACCCCGUGAGAGAUCAAAUACACUUACUGACAGCAACAAAAGUGCCGAUGACUCAAAAGUGCUGCCUACUGUUUUUAAGUGGGAAGGUGGUGGCAAACAGGUAUAUAUCAGUGGCACCUUUACGGAUUGGAAAACAAUACCUAUGGUGAAGUCACAUGGAGACUUUGUUACUAUAAUAGAUUUACCAGAGGGAGAACACCAAUACAAAUAUUUUGUGGAUGGAGAGUGGAGACAUGAUCCUUCAGUGAAAGUAAUAGACAAUGGAAUGGGUUCCAAAAAUAAUUUAGUUACUGUGAAAAUGUCUGACUUUGAAGUUUUCCAAGCCCUGGCCAAAGACAGUGAGGGGAUCCAUAGCAGUGCCCAGACAGAGUACUCUCAGGAAAUCCCACAAUCAAAGCCCUGGGAGAAAGUAUCAGGUCCACCUAUAUUGCCUCCUCACUUGCUGCAGGUUAUACUAAAUAAAGACACUCCUUUAUCGUGUGAGCCAACAUUACUGCCAGAGCCAAACCAUGUGAUGUUAAAUCAUCUGUAUGCUUUAUCCAUCAAAGACGGCGUCAUGGUGCUGUCAGCUACCCAUAGGUACCGGAAGAAAUAUGUUACCACUCUACUCUACAAACCUAUUUAAACUGAAAUUUCACUUAAAAGCCCAAAAAUUGAUUAAAAUUAGUGCCUAUAUGCACUGUGGAAUACAUACUCCCCAUGUUCAAUUCGAAAACAAAUAGACUGCUCUCUGUCCACUCUUGUUGUCAAUAUAAAGUAUGCCUAAAGAGAACUUUUCAAUGAACAUCUUACCGAGUGGGAGCAGUGCGGUAGAAGUGUGCUAUGACCUGACGAAAAAUCUGUCGUCAGGUCUUAUUAUUAGGAUUACGCAGAAUAUAUUCUACAGCGCAGAUAGGCCCAGAGUUUAAAAACGAAGACAAGCAGGUGCUAGAAAAUAGUUCAACAAUUGAAAUUGUGUGAUACUUUAUUAGUAUGCAUUGAUUAUAGUGAAAUAAUAGAAAAGCCUUUUUAACAAUAAGAUUAUUUUAUUGAAAUACAAAUAUUUUAAAGACAAGUUCAAUGGAUACUACACAAUGAAUAAAAACAUUCAACAGUAACCUGAUCAGUUAACCCUGUGAUUAAAUAAAAUGUUUUGUUCUAUUAGGAAAACUUCUUGUCUGAACUUAUACUUAAAAUAUUUGUAUGUGUUACUUAACAAAUUAAUCUGUAUAGUUAACCUAUCAUACUUAUGCAAUGCAUGGAAAAUCUAAAAUGUGCAUGCAGAUACAUAUAGAAGUAUUUGUUUUAUACUUUGUCUAGCUCUUCUAAUAGGGGACCAGACAACUUGCAGGCAACACUUUCCUUUAAAUUUGACAACUAAGUAAAAAUAUCAAAUAAUUGACCAAUUAACUAUGUCGGCUUUUAAGAAAACCUCAUUUCAAUACCGAAUUGGAAAAUAAAUAGAUUUUUAAUCUUCAACAUUUGACCCUAAAAUAAAAAUUUGGCAACUACUUAACCGAAGUUGAAGUUUGACAUCGAAAUAUAAUUACUCUUGUGGCCAAGUCGGUUUUGCUUUAGUCUUUAUGUAAACAUGCUAUGCUAGUGCUCUAUACAGAACUUAGAAAUUGUCAGGAGGAGCUAGGCAAAGUAGGUAUAUAUAAAUUGGAAAAGAUAUGAUUUGAAGUCACGGAUAUUGACUGCACAGCAAAAAUAACUAGGUAUAUAAAAUAGUUUUGAGUCAUUACUAAUUUUAGAAUUAAAUAGAAAUUGACAGUUUCUUGUUUGUUAGCGUUAGGAAUUAAAAUUAUGAAUAUUUUCGAUAGUCCUUUUUCUUUGUGGUGUAUGGUGUCGAAAAAUAAAUCAUUAUUAUUUGUUGUUUAUUAAAGUAUUAAUUUUAGUCGCAAUACAAUCUAUUCCUAAUACCAAGAAAACCCCAAAGAAUUACCACAAUAUAAAUUACAACUCUGAUGGCUGGUUUAGACGUAUCGAUACGUUUUUACGUCGAUUUUCGUUUUGAAUAAAGCAUUCUUUUAUUAUUGAAAUAAGUUUAUUGAAAGUGAAAUAGAUAUAUAGACGUAAUAACGAAACGAAAACACCCAUUAAAAUGCCAAUAAAUAACGCGUGACCUAGCGCACCACCGCUCGGCCGCUGGCGUAAAGUCAAUACGUCUAAAUCGCCAGCCAUAACCAUCAAGUCGUCUAUUGUGUAUCAUGGAACUUUUAAUAGAGAAGGGUAAAUGACACCUAAUAUACAUUGUGUUCUAUCUAAUGGACCAUCUGUACGAUGGUACUAAUAAUUUAUUCUCUGUUACAUUACGAAAUUCUGACAGAGUUAACUUUAAGUUAACAAAAGAGACUAAAUACUAUUUUAUAAGUAUUAAAAAAAAAUGUGAUGUUCCGUUUAUAGUUUUCUGUAUGUACAGUAGUUAGUCUUAUUCAUAGAAAAUAAGGUAAAAAUACGUUUUGUCUUGUUUUUCAAAUUAGAAUAGACGCUUAUUCCUUAUUACGGAAAUAGAGAGACAUCAAAUAUGUGUAUAUAUAUUUGUUUUAGUGCUCGUUGACUUUAUAUGAAUAAGACUAUAAAUAAAAUGAAACUCUUACUGCUAUCUCUGGCAUUUUAUUAGCAUAUAAUUUUAUCAUGGCGCCUCCCAUUUCUGAUUAGUAGUUUUGUUGCAUAGAUCUGCAGUUUAUAGCAGAAAUUGUUGUUUUUAUGCUUUGAACAAAUUGUUGUUUAUAUACCUAAUGUAACACAAAAUAUCCAUAAACAAAUAUUGUAGAUUAAGUAAAUAAUAAAACAUAUCACAAAAA